CGUCGCCGUCGCUGCCAGUCGGCAUAUUUCUUACCUACUCGCUUUCCUUGCAUCCACAGACGCUAGGGCCCGUACAGUUUAAUUUGCGCAACACACGAAUAAGCUUGAAGCAAGCAUACAAUAGUUGUAUUCUCUAUAAAUAGUAACAGACAAAAUACAAAAUUAUUAUGGCCGAUAAACCAAAACGUCCUCUUUCUGCGUACAUGCUGUGGCUGAACAGUGCCCGCGAAGGCAUCAAGCGCGAGACUCCCGGCAUCAAGGUUACCGAGGUGGCCAAACGCGGAGGAGAAUUAUGGAGAGCCAUGAAGGACAAGUCGGAGUGGGAGGCAAAGGCUGCCAAGGCUAAGGAUGAUUACGAUCGUGCCGUCAAGGAGUUUGAGGCGAACGGUGGUAGUAAUUCCGCCAAUGGCAAUGCCAAGAAACGCUCGAAACCCGCGAAAAAACCAGCAAAGAAGACUAAGAAGGAUGACUCCGACGACGAUGAUGAUGAUGAGAGCGAGUAGGAUGGUUCUUUCAAUGACCAUCUCGCAUUCACCAUCAGUUAUCCAUCACCAGUCAAACAAAUUAAACACUACAACAUCAGUGGAUCGAAGAUUUUAUCUGCAAAGCGAACACCACACACACACCAUGCAGAGUCCCUUCACACCAACCUUAUAAUAGAGCAAACACACACACACACAAAUCGAUAGAUCAUCCAUCAGAAAAAAGAACACCAAACUGCAUGGACUGUUGCAGUUGCCGGCGACGGCAGAAAGGGAGGAGAGCCAAUCAACCACAAAAAAUAAGAAAACUUGUAUUUAUACGUAUGAAUUUAAGUCUUAGAAGUCGUUUCAUUUAUAAUGACCUAUACACCAAGAGAGAUAGACACAACCCACAAAAAACCAACAAAAGUUGAGCGAAUAGUAGGGAGGGGAGCACGUUAAAGGUGUUUUUCCCCACGCGAUCUCUUCUGCGGCGAGGAGAAGAAACUUAUCUUGCGUAUAACAAUUGUAAAGUAAACGAUAAAAUAAUUCCAUUAAAAAUAAAAAUAUGAAAACAAGUUCUCCCGGUGGAUGUUUUCGAUUAGAUUGUAGCGUUGUACAAAUGCAGGGCCUCCAGAGUAUAAGAUUAGAGAUCCACUUUAUACACACACAACACAACAACACAACACCCCGCAAAUGAAA